AUGAAGAUUGUUCGCAUACUUAACGACUUGUAUACAGCGUUUGACGUACUGACCGACGCGAAGAAGAACCCCAAUGUUUACAAAGUGGAAACAGUCGGUGACAAAUACAUGGCAAAGACGGUUACCGUUGACAACGAACCCGUUGAGAAGUGGUUACUGGUAUUAUUGGCCACCGCAUGCGACGCUAUUGUCUUUUCGGUAACACAGUGA